AUGAUGGAAAAGGACAAAGUGACGGGAUGCGCCCAGAACAACGCUCAAGGCUCUUGGCGCUGCUUGGCGACUUUUGUGCGAUGGCUCCAGGUCACAGGAUCGCAGCGACUCGCAACGCAGCUUUACAACGCACCCGGUGCCGUUAGACGAGAGGCCGAGCCCGAUGCGCCAGGAAUCCGCGAGGAGGAUUUGGUUGAUGUUGAAAAAGAGCCUGUACACGGCCUGGCUAGGCAUGGAAGCCAGCGCAGCGUGGGGUUUUGCGCGCCAGUCAUUCUUCUCCGUCCCAGGACCCAGCGUUGGUGGGGUGCGCCGCAAAUCGCCAACCCCAGCGCGGGAGCCGCUGGAGCUAUUGCUGGAGCAGGGCCCUGA